CAUGUUCCAUCCAUGGCAGGGGCAAUGGUCAAGAUUACUAAACCAAGGGCCUUGACCCAUGAUGCAUUAUUUAUGAAACUUAUAUAGUUGCUACUGUUGACUUGCAAAGUAACUUGAAGCAGUUGUUUUUUUGUUAUGUGUUUUUUGGAUGGGGCUGACUGAACAUGUUGAUUUUUAAAGUGGACUGCCUUUGAAAUUCUGGGGAAACUUAAAAACAAGUUUUAUGAUUUUUGACAAGAAAAUGCCCUUCUCUUAUAGUUUAAAAAACUUUUAAGGCAAGAACUUGUGCAGAUAACUCAAGAAGAAUUUCUAUAAAAGUGCCUUUUGCUCUUUCUUCAUUCUUCACGGUUUUUUUUAUAUAUUUAUUUAUUUAUUUAUUUCUAAGAAUUAAUAUUUGGACCAGAUUUUUUUCUUUAAAAUAAAAGGGUGGUUAUAUUCUAUGUACACGCCCAUCUAAGUUCUAGAAACUGCUUGAAGUGCCUGUUUUCCUACUUCAUGCUGGUUUUUUGUAUUCAUUUUAAUCUCUCUAAGAAUCACAAUGUUUACGUGUAUGGAUGCAUCUUAUUAGGUUGCUCUACUUGCAUUAGCUGCUCAUGCUUCUAACCCCAGUGAAGCUGAACGUUUGAGAUUUCUUGUGUCUCCUGCUGGAAAGGAUGAAUAUGCACAAUGGAUAGUUGCAAAUAAGAGAAGCCUUCUAGAAGUCAUGGCCGAAUUUCCUUCAGCCAAGACGCCUCUUGGAGUUUUCUUUGCAGCGAUAGCCCCUCGCUUACAGCCAAGAUAUUAUUCGAUCUCUUCCUCUCCAAAUGAGAUUGAGGAAAGUGAACUCUCUGAUGCAAGCUCAACAAAUUUGAAAGAAGAUGGAUCUUCACCAUCCCUAACUCUGAUCAGAAAGCAAGGAUGGUAUUCAGAUAAACUUUCAUAUCUAAAAGGAAAAGUGCCUUCCUCGAUAGGAAUUCCAACAUCAGUUGCCCUACCCUUUGGAGUUUUUAAGAAGGUUUUGUUAGAUGAUUCAAACCAGUUUUGUAGAAUUGAUGUAAGGAUCAGGCAGAACCUUGCUACCAUGCAGCAGUUGGAACAUAAGCUUGGGGCCAUGUCUUCCUUUGAUUAUAGAGAAAUAAGGCGUGGGUUUUCAUUUACCCCAACAAUAUAUGAGGUAAUGCUUUGAUAUUUUGGAAUGGUUUUCUUUAUUUUUUUUAAAAAAAUAUUAGAGCGUA